UACUAGUACCACCCCGCGACGCAUCUCCAUCCUGCCCUGCGACCACUUUCGAGGCCGUAUAUUCUGCAGGCCGUGGAACAGAACUGAUCAAUAAAUCUUGGGAGGUACCAAUAGCGUGGAAUACUGCAACUUUAUCCUUACCCUCAAACGACCGACAUACGUACACCCGACUCGGACAUCGCGGAGGCGCCAGGGUCAGCGCAAGUGUUGUGAUAAAACAAGCCUGGCAGCAUUGGGCAACAAAGCGCACACUCCUCGAGGACCUCCAGUACAGCUUCUAUUGUAACAACUAGCAAGGCUCCUAGUAUGGCGUCCCAAGCGCCUAUGCUCUCGUCUCCUCUGAAACAAACCAACGAAGUCGACUGGAUACAUCCACUCAAAGGGUACAUCAGACAGACCUAUGGCGAUGACCCUGAGAGGUACUCGGAAGAAUGCGCAACUCUGAACAGGCUUCGGCAGGACAUGAGAGGAGCUGGGAAAGACAGCGCGGCAGGGCGAGACCUGUUGUACAGAUACUAUGGGCAACUGGAGCUAUUGGACCUCAGAUUUCCCGUGGAUGAAAACCAUAUCAAGAUACAAUUCACUUGGUUCGACGCAUUCACGCAUAAACCUACCUCUCAAUACUCCCUGGCGUAUGAAAAGGCUUCCAUAAUAUUCAACAUAUCCGCCGUACUGUCAUGCCAUGCGGCACUUCAGAAUAGAUAUGAAGAUACAGGAUUAAAGACUGCAUACCACUCUUUCCAAGCGUCUGCUGGGAUGUUUACCUAUAUCAACGAGAACUUCCUUCACGCACCGUCAACCGAUCUAAGCCGAGAAACUGUAAAGACGCUUAUCGCUAUCAUGCUGGCGCAAGGACAAGAGGUUUUCCUUGAAAAGCAAGUCGCAGAUGGCAAGAAAGUUGGGCUUCUGGCGAAACUCGCCAGUCAAGCAUCGUAUCUAUAUGGACAAGCUCAAGAGGGUGUUCAGGAGAACGUCACGAAAGCUGUCUUUGAAAAAGUGUGGUAUCAAGUCGUCCAGAUCAAGACAAAAUAUAUGGUAUCGAUGGCCCAUUAUUACCAAGCUAUAGCAGAUAACGAUGCGAAUUCUCAUGGAGUAGCGAUAUGUCGAUUGCAGGUCGCUGAGGCUGAAGCACGAGAAGCCAGUAAAAUAGCCUGCUCGUUUCCCAGUUCUGUACCUGCAAACGCAAAUUUGAGCUCUGAGACUGGGCAAUUACUAGCGGAGAUGACAAAAAAGCACCUAGCAAACGUUCAAGAGAAGCUUCAAGAGUUUACCAAGGACAACGACUUCAUAUACCACGCGGUCGUACCAGCCGAGGCAACACUACCAUCAAUACCGAAGCUCCCAGCGGCAAAAGCAAUACCAGUCAGCGAACUAUAUCAAGGGCAAGAUAUCCAGCGCAUUAUAGGCCCAGAUAUCUUUCAGAAAAUUGUGCCUAUGUCUGUGACUGAACAAGCAAGUAUGUACGAUGAAGAAAAAGCCAAGCUCAUUCGAGCGGAAAGCGAACGGGUUGAGAUUGCCAACGAUGAGAUGGCUGCAAGUCUUGAUUACUUGAAACUACCAGAAAGCCUGAAUAUCUUAAAGGGGGGCAUGGAUCAAGAUCAGAUCGUUGAUAGCGAGUUCAGGCGGUGGUGCGAAGAGCUCGCAGGUCACCAACCUUUUACAGGCGCAUUCGAUCAACUCCAGUCAGACAAGUCGCAAAUAUCGGGUCUCUUAGAUACAAGUCAAAAGCAAUUGGAUAUGGAGGAAAGCGUAUGCGAGAAGAUGAGAUCGAAAUACGGCGCAGAGUGGUCUCAGCAGCCAAGCUCACGACUUACAGCGACACUACGGAGCGACAUAAGGAAUUACCGAGGAGCCGUCGAAGAGGCGAGUACAAGUGAUGCGCAGCUUUACAGCACAUUCAGACAAUAUGAGUCUGAUUUCGACGAAAUGCGGUCCGCUGGUGAGGUAGACGAGGCAGAUGUCUUAUACCAAAGGGCAUUGAUCAAAGCAGGAGCCUCGAGAGGGAAAGGGAAAGGGGUCGGGAGCCCUGCAAUUGGCGUUGAAGGGAGCCUUCUGGAUGAUGAUUUCGAAGGGGGACCGAGUGUGGCUGAGCAAAUACACAAGGUUGAGGAGCUCAUGCGGAAGUUGAGUUUGAUCAAAAGAGAGCGUGCGUCUAAUUUGAAGGAUCUGAAAGAAAAGGUCCACACUGACGAUAUCUCCAACGUUCUCAUCCUCAAUAAGAAGGCUACUGGCCAGGAGAACCAGAUCUUCAAAGUCGAACUCGAGAAGUUCAGACCGCUGCAAAACCGCAUCUCUCAAGCAAAUCACAAACAAACGUUUGUUCUUAAGGAGCUAACUUCAACAUACAAUGAUCUUCUACAAGACAAACGUGUACGGUCAGAGCAAACCAAGUAUGAGGCGUUCUCGCGGCAGCGGAAUUCCGUGAUGAGCAAAUAUCGCAAAACUUUCCAAGCCUUCAAUGAUCUCAUACAAGGUCUAAUGAGGGCACAAGCAUUCUACACGGAGAUGAAGGAGACUGUCGAAAGUCUUCAAAAGAACGUCGAGACCUUCGUCAACAAUCGUAGAUCCGAAGGUGGACAGUUGCUAUCAUCGAUCGAGAACGCGAAAGCAAGCCAAGGCAGUGCUCAAGCAGACCAAGAACGAAAACGGAUCGAAGAGCUCAUGCAGCGAAUGUCCAUGGAGCCGCCUCAAUCGCCGCUCAAACCAAAACAAACGCCACGACCUCCAAACUUACAAAAUAUCCCUACCUACAACUCAGCCUAUCAACCUACGCCAUCACCCCGCUACAACCCCGGUGCUCCUCAAACAACCACUCAGUACGGCCAGCCUAUGCAGUCACCCCCUCCGGGCGCUACGUUUUCAAAUGGCUCAUACAACCCGGUUCAGCAUCAACCCCCUCGGCGCGAAUCGUACCAGCAACGUGAGCCCUACAACCCAAACGCAUACGGCCCUGUGUCCCCUCCUCCUACCCAGCAAUACUUCAAUGCCCCUCCGCACGCACAACAACACCAGCCAUACACGGGAUACCAGAGCUCCACACCGCAGCCCCACCAGCAGCAACAGCAUCAGCAUCAGCAUCAGCAUCAGCAUCAGCAUCAGCAGCACCAGCACCAGCAAGUCCAGCACCAGCAAUAUCCCGGCAUGCCUCAAGGAUACGUGCCUCCACCCCCACCCCCUGGUCCCCCACCUCAGCAAGACUACUCUGCCAUGCAGGCACAGAACUACCCGAAUGGCCCAGGAGGCUAUACGCAUCACCAAACGAGGCAGAGCGGCCAGGGCCAGGGCAGUCAACAAGAUCCGUGGGCGGGGAUUCAGGCGUGGCGGUGAAAAGCGUGGUCGUUGGCAGUGCAUAUUUUUUUUUCUUCAAGAUUUUAUCAGCGUUUCAUUGUUUCUGUGCACUUGAGCGAGUCUGAGGAGUCUGAUCAUGGAUGCACGGAUGGAUGAUUGGGUUGUAUGGGUAAGCGUACUGGGAUGCAUAUGCAUAGAAUAGCUAGUCUUGGCAUAUAUAUACAUAUAUCCUCUUUUUUUUCCAAUGAUGUCCUCCAGAGACUAAGCUUGUUAUACGUCUCAAAGUGGUGAUGCUAUGUGACGCGUUCAUGCGUAGAAUCAAUUCUUAUAUUUCCCUUAGUAUCAUUUUACAAUUCCAACUCCGUAACACCGCAAUAUGAGGGGUAUCGUAUCUCUCCUCUUCCCUGGCCAUCAUACAAGAAUGAUGGCAUCUCCAGCAUCCACAAAAACGUAAUGCUCGUUCAACGAAU